AUGACGGAUACCAACACAACUGCUUUCACCAACCCCUCGACUUUCAUCUUACUGGGAAUUCCUGGUCUGGAGGUGGCCCAUGUCUGGAUCUCCAUCCCCUUCUGCACCAUGUAUGUUAUAGCCAUCCUGGGAAACUUUGCCAUCCUGUUCAUUGUGAAGAAGGAAUCGAGUCUCCAUGAGCCCAUGUACUAUUUCCUCUGCAUGCUGGCAGUCACCGACCUGGUGCUGGUCACAUCCACCCUGCCCAAAAUUCUGGCAAUCUUCUGGUUCAAUUCCAGGGAGAUCGAUUUCAGUGCCUGCCUCGCCCAGAUGUUUUUCAUUCAUGGCUUCACACAGAUUGCAUCGGGGAUCUUCAUGGCCAUGGCGUUUGAUCGCUACGUGGCCAUCUGCCACCCCCUGAGACAUUCCACCAUCCUGACAAACUCUCUGGUGAUGAAGAUUGGUCUGGUCAUUGUGUUGCGUGGCAGCAUUCUCGCACUGCCCUAUCCCAUCCUGGCGAGGCAGUGGCCAUAUUGCAAAACCAACAUCAUCGCCCACACUCAAUGUGAGAACUUGGGUGUGGUGAAGCUGGCCUGUGCCGAUACCCGCGUCAGUAAUUACUACGGCAUCUUUGUGCUAUCCUGUAGGUAUGGUGUGGAUGUGUCUUUUAUCACCCUGUCCUAUAUCCAGAUCCUCAGGGCCAUCUUCGGCCUCCCCACAAAGGAAGCCCGGCUCAAGACUUUUGGGACUUGUGGCUCACACAUCUGUGUCAUAUUAGCCUUCUACAUCCCAACUCUGUUUUCCUCGCUGUCAGCCCGUUUGGGUGACAAUUUGCCCCGUCAUUUCUAUGUUUUGUUUGCUGAUCUGUAUGUCCUGGUUCCCCCCAUGAUGAACCCCAUCAUCUACGGCCUGAGAACCAAACAGAUCCGGGAUAGGUUCCUCCAGCUCUUUAAUCCUAAGGGGACUAAAGUUUUCUCCUCGGGUUGUGGGUCUGAGACAGAGCACCGUGGAGUGCUGUCUGGUGACAUGGCACUAUUUCCUGAAUCACUGACUGGCCAAUCAAAGAAAGGUUGA